AUGAAAUGUCGGACAUUAAACUGCGUUCAUUCCAAUGUUGAUGAUAGUGUUCAGGUAAUAAAAACAAUAUGCAAGAGUGUCAAUAAAAAACAGCAAUGGCAUGAGUUUGCAACUGGCGCUCAGCACUGAAAUCCAAGACAGUAUUGGAUUCUGGAUUUCCACGCUGUGGAUUCCGGAUUCCAAGUACUUGGUUCUAGUCUUUGUCAGUGGAACUUGGAUUCUGGAUUCCAAUCCUUAGUAGGAUUCCGGAUUCCUCGAGCUGUAUUCCGGGCGCGAUCCAUUCAACCAAAAUUCUGACCGGUCCGACCGGGAAAAGUGGUCCACCUCAAAAGGUGGACCUGUUUUUUCGAAACUUUUCCUGUUGGACAGAACCGAUCCAUUGAGUUUUGGACCGAAAUUUCUGGAAAUUUUGGUUGAAUGGAUCGCACCCCCGGAUUCCACAUGCAAAAUUUUCCGGGAUUCCGGAUUCCACGAGCAACAAUUACGCGGAUUCCGGAAUCCACUGAUUGCAGCAAAUGGAGCGAGAUCGUGCGUUAAUAAACCUUAUACUAUACCAGAACACUCAAGUGAAAGAGGGUCAAAGCUUAACUUGUCGUUGUAUUUCGUCCACAGUCAAAACCACAACUACCAUAAAACUUUAACUUGACUCUGAUUAAGGUCAUGUCAUGGAAUUGCUGAAACAACAAUCUUUACCGCAUCGCAUGUUUACCCGGCAUAAAUCAGUAUUUCAAUUCAUCGGCGAUUACCAAGAAAACCGGGACAACGAUGGCAAAGUGAUGGGAUCUUGGCAACCCGAGCAGAGUAAAGGAAGCAUGGCUGACACAGCAGACUUCGAGAUGUAACCCAGUGGAGUGAGACAUUGCUCCAGUAAAAGAAUUGUAGUAAAGGAAGCACGUAAAAUCUUCAUGACUUCGUCUUUUAGCGGAUCUUCGAUCGAAGAGAUCUUAACGUACUUUAAGUGGUACUAGUUGCAUCCGUUACCAUCAAAUAUUAAAAAAAUUGGUUUGCUUUACAUGUUGCUGACUUAAUGUGUGCACCGCCGGUUGCCAUUAAAAAAACGUCACAUUGACUUUUCGUAUAAAUAGCAUGCAGUGUGUUCGGUUAAAAGUAAAAUUAAAGCAAAAAACCCUCAGAAACAACUUGACCCUUGUGAUCUAAAUUAAUCACUCUGUAAAAUUCUAAAACAGUCGCUGGGGAAAUUGGUUAACACAUGCAAGUCUUACGCAGUCCACGUACCUGUCCAGUUAGCCAAUCCUGAGCAGCUUCCAGAAUUUGGCAUAGAGCACGAACUUUGAGCAUUAAGGGUAAAGUUACUGAACGUUACUGAAAAUGAUAACAUGGAGUUCAUUUUCACUUAUACAACAAAGGCAUUGGAAUUAAACCGUUUUUUUCAAUUCAGCAGCUCGACACUCAAAAUCUCAGGUCAAUUGAGGUGUAUUAAAAAGUCCCCAAUUUUAAGUUCAUUUGUGUAACUCCUAAUUUGUGCUUUACGGUUACUGUUACUAUAAAUAUAAGAAUCACUAACAACUAAAACUAAUAAUUAAAUGACAAAAAGUCAUAUAAUUUGUGAUAGCAUUAUGUUAAAAGCAUAAAUUUUCAAAGCGUUCUUAGUAUUUUACUGAUAGGUCCUUAUACGUAACUGAUUUAACUGAUGUCGGCGUUUGCCUAGAACGACGUUUAGGAGACGGUUACAGACCUAUACCGUCAAUUCAUUACAAGGAACGUUAAAUAAUUCUCAUCCGCUGCAAGCACUGAAUCUCCAGCAUAAGAUGAAAAGGGAAGAUGCGACAGAUUAAACUUAUUACUGGCACAUUUGAACACAAUGUUCUUGACAAGGAGUUUCUCUCCUUCUUAAAGCCUUAUGCGCUAGUAAAUUACAGCGUAUUUACCUGAGUUGCAGGACUGCUUUAGACAUUAUGGUGUGAAUGAAUCCUCUAGUUUGACCUCUCUCUCGAAGGCUACUGAGGAGAUAGUCAUUUUCGCCAUUCCAUGAAGAAUGCAGCCAAUUAGGGGACUAAAAUGUUGUUGCUUAUUCUUUGGCAUCCCGCAGGUUGUAUACUCGGCAGUUUUUCCAGAAUCAUCGAUUGAAAUUAAGAGUCGGCCUUUACUAACAACGACCGGUAAGUGACAAAUUACUUAAAGUCACUCGCUGGAUUUCACUUGAGGGAUUUUACUCUAGAUUAUUGCGUAACUAGUUAAUUGUGCUAACUCUUUCUGGAGUCGGUGUUUUCUCAGUCACUAAAUAAAAUCCACCGUCUGGUUGUUGCAUGUAACAAAAUUUAAGUUUCGUUACCUUAACCGUUACUUUCUGGAGACUUUUUCAUUAGCCAGUAUUUAUAAUUUUUAUUUAUUUAUAUUGAAAGGAAUUUUAAUAUGUCUAUAAAAAAUAUUUUUAUUCCAGUCGCUCAUUACUUGGAGUUUUAAAAGCGCUAAGAACGUGUGUUCAAAAAUUCGAAGCUUGUUAAGAAGACAAAAAACAAAUCAAUGUAAUCAUUGAAGAAUAUGCUGCGAAAGUUACAAUAAUAUAUGAGAGUGAUGAAAAGCUGUUGGAGGUAAAACACACGUCUGGAAGGUUCUUUGUAGGUUAACAACUGUUUCUUUGAUUGAUUUUUAUCAUUUCGUGAUAAGCUGCAAGAAAUGUUGACCCUUAUAAAGCACUUUACACCACUUCAGGAAUUCACGCAAUCGCAUCUGUUCCUGCGGUUAUCUUUCUUCAGACACUUUUGUUAAUUGCUCAAAUCAGCAAAAGUGUUUUCAAGAAAACGUAACCGGCAUAAAGUUAAAGAGUUUAAAUUACUUAAUGUUUCAAAAUGUUUUGGCACUCUUGCGUGCCAGUUACACGCCGACAGCGUGUCAUUUAUCUCUUGGACCCUCUUGGUACCCGUGCACGCGACGGUCUGAAUUAAAAUUCCAUUAAGGUAGCCAUCAAGAGAGCGAUGAAAGAAUGAGGUGAGUUGUUACAAAACACAAAAUUAUUAAGCACCGGGGCGGGAAAGGUUAAGAAUGAAUGAAUUCCAGCAGAACUCUUGUCGUCGACAUUCUCUGCAAUGUUCUUAGCAGAGGCUUUCGCUGCACGUUGAAAGAGCGGAAUGUAAGGCUAUCUACUGCUGUGGUUUAAGAACACUGAACCCUCACCUGACAGAGGAAUAAUACUUUUUCACAUGAGAAAAGAAAUGAGCGGUGAGCGAUAACAUAAAAACAGUCCCCAACUUGUGAGUUCAAAGAAAAUAGGGAGUUACAGUAUUUAGGCUAAAGCGCAGUUUCGGAAAACUUUAACCAUGUUUAGUUGGAAGGGUGGACCCAAGAGGCUUUUACAGCAGAUCGGAUUAAACCAUAAAAUACCUUAUGUAAACCACCUUUAAUCAGUCUUUAUCACCUAAUGGACAACUUUCUUACCGGAUUUUAAAAUUGGGUGGAUUCAGUCUAAUCAGGCAGUUUCAGAUGAUAUAACUCUUCAACUAUUUUCUUGCGAUAAAGCAUCGGAAAAAUUAUUUAAAGUCAAAAUUGAGAAAAAAGUUCCUUUGGGAUUGAAACAGUCCACCUCACUCCCCCCCUCCCCCCUCCCCCCUCCCCCUUCCCCCAACCUUAAAUCCUAGCACUUUGUCCUCACAAAAAAUAAAUGAAAAAAAGUGGCCCAGUCAAUCCAAGCACGCUCAUCCCUUGAGCAUUUUUCUGGCAUUUGCCUUUUUGUUGUCUUAGAAAAUGCCCUAUUGUGGGAUCGAAGCCCAGGGACAAAGCAAAAAAUAUACUUUGCUCCAACGGGCAAGCGUUAAUUUGGGUACCACAUGACCACGUUUUCCCUCUAUUUAUUUUUUUGUUGUUUACGGGUUGUUUACUGUUUAUUAUAUCCAUAUUUAUGUGUUUUUGUUCGCGACCUUUCUUACAGGGAGGUUCACCUCCAGGCAGAAUAUGAAAUAGCAGGAUGAAAUGAUUCCUUUUUUAUCUAUUAGUAGCAUUAUUAUUAUUUUUGUUGUUGUUAUUAUUAUUAUCCUUUAUUAUUUAUUCAAAAUAUUUUUCCAACUCCUAUUGGCUAAAUUCCUUGGCUAAUUAUUUAUAACCAGAUAGCGUUGACCAAAUUUGGAAGACGUUUGCGCGAUCUGAUAAAAUGACGUCAAUACUUCAACGCCUGAAAAGGGGACGGGAACCGACAAUCCCUGGGGACGAGGUUGCGUUGUUUUGAUGACGUGAAGCUGUAGAAAAUGGCGGAAAAUUUCUCACGUUUUGCGAAGAAAAAAUAGCUGAACGUACCUAAAAACAUGCAAGAACGGCAAAAAUACAACUGGGUGGAUCAGUGGCAUAUCUGCUCUUGAGACCAAACAUCCUAAAUUUGCCGAGAAGCAGGUAUGGAGACGGGAACUUAACAUCGAUCGAGUUAAGAAUGUUCCAGCUUGUUUUUAACGCUAUGAAUUCAAGUUUCAGAGUUAUGUAGGAAAACAACAACGAACAAAAACGUUACCUGGCGCAAAACCGUGUAAAAUGGCCAUGAAUUGAGCCCAGCAGGUUAAACAGAAAAAGCAUCACCUGAACCCAAAUUCACGUACUGAGUAAAAUGAUUUCAUUCUGCAUUUAUGCCUAUAUUUUUACGUUUUGGCCAGUAUGUUGAAUUUCUCAAACAAAGUCUUUUCAUUGUUCGCAAUAUGCAAAACAGAAUCUGAUUUAUACAAAGCCAGACUGGCUCCAACUGGCCUCGUUGCCUUUCCUUUACAUGAUGUUGCGGUCUCUCCAGAAUCUUCUGUGGUGACCGCAGCCUGCUUCUUUUCCCUAGCUAGUGUUUUAAAUUUUACAAAUAUUUCUAAAAUAAGCUUGGUUUUAAAAUAUGUGCCUCUUAAAAGUGGUUGGAAAUAUGAAAUUUCCAAAACCCGGAAAGGCUCUUUGAUAACUAUAAAUGCCCCACCUUAGGAACGUCCAACUUGCCGAUCAGACCAGUGGGAAUGAGCAUGCUUAGUCCGCGGAAUUGACUGAUAUAAUAUAGUAAAACUGGAAAGAGACACCACUCAUUUCUUUACUGGAAAAGGGACUGAAGAUAAAAGUGCAAAUUUCUCGCAACACUGCCACGAGGUUGGGUAGAAACAGUCAAGGAUGUCAACUGCUUGGAGCUUGAUAGGGAAAUUAAAAACGGUUAGAAUUUGAUAUAUAUUCAAAUAAGUCCUAUGGCGCUUAAUUAUCGAAGUAAAAAUCCUCAAAUACUGACCUUUAUUUCAAAUUAUACUGCAAUGAUCGUCAGUUAGGAGCAUGCGGUUGUGGUCCGUUCCGUGUUUCCGAUGCUAAAUAAUCUUUAACGCGAAAAUUCUAUACCCACGCAAAUGGGGGCCAUAAGUCUCGUUUGAACCACAGCCAAAUUGUCACAACUUCACUUAAACGUGCCGUAGAACUGGAUAAUCUGUCUGAAGCCUGACGCAAAACUACCGAAGUCAGUUUUCACCGUCUUACCUAAUAAGAUAUAGUAAAAUGGGUAUUUUCGAGUUGCCGAAAUUCUCUCGAACUUUUUUACUUACGUUUUAUUUCAAUGCAUGUUUUAGCAAUAGCGCUACCUGGGAUGUCUCUUAACGGCACGUUUUAGACUAACCUUUACUCCUUUCCUGUUUUUUUCUUUGCGUUCAAAAUUCCGACGGAGACUAUUCGUCCUUUCUUUUCCACCUUAUUUAGGUUUUAUUCAUGACGGAUCAGUGAUAAUAUACUUGCUUCUCAUUUCAAUUGACUCAUACCUGGCUUGCUAUGAAAUGUUACCGGUAAGGCCAUUCCCGUUUAAUAAUCAUGCAGUUCAGUUGUUUUCGCGGUCCUUUUCAUUCAGUGUUUGUGGUUUAAGCAGUUUAUUAAAGGAUAACCCCGGAGAGUUAGAGUAAAGGAAAUUAAGGGUGAGAUUGAAUAAACACAGGUUAGUAGCCUUUAAGAGGGACUUUCUCUUACACUCUCCUCACCAAAUGUAAGCAGAUUUAUGUGAUCAAACGACUUUUCAAGGCUGGAGCCAGGCUAUGAGACGACUAGACAAUUGCCCUGUCCAUGGUUUGGUCAAAUCCUUUCCCGGAUUAGAAAAAACAGGUUACUCACCACGAACAAUAUUAUACUGAUGAAAUCUUGCAUAAAUUUAUUUAUUAUAUAUAAGUAGUAGAGAAUGCGGUAGGGUACAACCAAGAGAGAUCUCAGUUGUGAUGUCAAACCCGAUAUCCCUAACAUAGGACUAUUUCCACGUUUGGCAUUUCCUUUGAUAAAUAAAACAAAGAAGCAUUUUAUGCCAUUGUUAAAACUGUUUGCGGAAACAAGUUUUAUACCUGCAAGAGAACUUGGUCGUGCGGCAUUUCGGCUCAGAAAGGGCAAAAUCAAUAAUGAAGUGCUACCUCUCCUCACACAUUUCGCGGGAGUCACACUUUUCAAGUGCAUAUCUGUUCACAUAUUGUGAACAGUCAGAAAACGUCAGUAGUCUCAUGCAUUUAGGACUCUAAAAGACAGAAUCGAAGGACAACAGUGCUCUCUCUAUAUGUAGUCAACGUACAAACUGAUUGACUAGUUUUAUGUCGAAUGCUUUUGAUUCCUGGAGCAAUUAUCCAUGCACUUCGAGUAGGACAUGGCGACAAGAGUUAACUAGAUUAAAGUGAAAUUUGCUAUCCACAGCGUGCUUAGGAGAUAUCGUACGUGAGAAACGUCGUCUCACACGCAGCUUCAUAAUUAUAAGCCACCCCUUUUUAUAAAUUCUUCCGCCCUCCUACGACUUGGUGGCCAAGAAUAAACAACACAAUGGCGCCUUAGUGGUCACCACCAGUAGAUGGUCGAAUGAUUUCUAUCCCAUGAAUAAAUCGCUAAUCCCUAAUCUGUUAGUAAGACGUUUAUACCCACAACGUAAUUUAAAUCAUAUUGAAAGAUAGCUCUUUAGUAUUUUAUUCAUUCUAAAAAAACAAACAAACAAACGAAAAACAAAAAAAUUGAAAAUUAGUGGCUCGUCUAGAUGGAACUCAACGAGUUCUCCACGCUGGAAAAUGUUUUAAGAGAUUUGUACUGGGUCAAGAACUUAGUUAUUUCACAUUGAUCCAAGUGUCGGCCAAUCAAAGGUAAUCCAAGGCAGUCUUGGAUUCUGGGAUUCCACGCUGCGGAUUUCGGAUUCCACUGUAGUCUGGAUUUUUGGUGGGAGGCGCCGCCAAGCGUUUCUGUCAGCAGCCGUAGCAGUCCAAAGCUCCUCCUCGGCGCUUCCGGCUUUGUGGCAAGUACUGUACUCCAAAUUUUAUGAUCUUUGGUUGGCGGUGGUUAAUCUUGUACCUAGUUCUCUUAUUGACCAAUCCGAAGGCAAGAUCUGGUCAAUAUGAGAAAAAAAUUUUUAUUUAAAUACCUAGAUUGUGUUGCAUUUGGAAAGGCGCUGAGAGGCCGGUUGUUUCGAACUGGUCUGACUUGGCCAAACUGGCCCUUGCAGAGCUGCCUGAUCCUGUAGGGCAACAAAAUUGUCCAUUAUUGUCCAGAGUCCCCUCAUACUCACCUGCUCAAGGCUAUGGACAAGUCAACGAAAGUGUUAUGGUGUACUAG